AUAUUUAUAUUUGAUUCAAAUGAUUUAUUUAUAACAUUUACAUUUAUAGUUAUGUAUAGUAAAGACAUAGUAAAGACUGUUUGAAUAUUUCAAUUACCUCUGUAUGCUCCAUGUCCAACAAAGCCUCCACAUUUUCGAGUUGCGGGGAUAUCUGAUGAAAGACAAAGCAGAGCUGCUCUGUAAACCUGAUGUCCUAAAAAAGAGUUGUCUUCCAGAAUCACGCCAUGCCAAAGUUCUUGAAGCUCAUCAACUAAGGGGUCUAAGAAAGCAUUUAUAUUUAGUGAUGGCUCUUUUGGUCCAGGUAUUAGUCCAACGAGAAUCAUAUUUUCUUCCUUAAAACGGUCUUCACGAGGUAGAUUCAAAAUGACCAAGUAGAUGGCUCCGACUGAAUAAGGUGCAUAUUUGAAAGGUUGGAACCAGUCCACAUUCAGCAUCAAGGCCAAAUUAUUUGGCUCUGUUAAAAAAGGCUCUCCAUUCACAUACUGGUAAUCCUGCCAUACUUGUCCAUCAUAAACAUCUCCUAACACACCCUUUGGCAUUUCCCGCUUUCGCCAUUCUUCUAAUUUCUCUUCAAAUCCAGGUCUUUUAACAAGUCCUCCCAGAGACUGCACAACACUCUUGUAACAGUAAGAACGAAUUGGAUGGACAUACUCUUCACCGCUCGAAUAUGUAGCCUUUCUUAGCAAGGCAGAGCCACAUUUCUUCCUUAAUGCAGACCUCUGCUGUGGGUGAUUGUAGAAUGGGAUGUGACCACAAGUCCUGCAAACCUUUGUACCAUCCCGUCUGAGCUCAUAGGUUUCAGUAAGCAUGUACACUGUCAUACAUUUUGGACAAACCACAUACUGUAAGAAGUCGUCACGAAGUAUACCAGUCCAUUUCCUCAAGGAGCAUAAAGUCUUUGGAAUGUUGCUUGAAAAGGCAGUGAGGGUAUUAGCACAGAGAACAUUUCCAAUUAUCCACAUGAAAUGUUUGAUGCACAGAAGAAGUGAUGUGAUGGCAUUAUCAGAAAUCUUGAAGGUUGAUUGCCAUUACAGAAGCAUCAUGGCAAAAAGUUUCAUCAACAAGUGUUCUGGUUUUUCACUUCUGGACUGAUCACUUCCAUGCUCCUCCCCAUCUUGUAUGUGAGGAUAUGCUUCCCUCUGCUCCUCAGCAAGGAUUUCCCCCUCUGCAUCCACAAAGUCAUCCUAUGGAAAUGUAAAGGACAUAUUUAAAACACAUGCAAUGCACAGACUCAUCACCACCAUUAAACCAUUAGAUAUUGAAAAGCCCAUCGUUAAUAUGGUCAUUUGAGAUUGAAAAGCCCAUCAUGAAUAUGGCCAUUACAGAUUGAAAAGCCCAUCAUGAAUAUGGCCAUUACAGAUUGAAAAGUCCAUCAUGAAUAUGGCCAUUACAGAUUGGAAAGCCCAUCGUUAAUAUGGCCAUUACAGAUUGGAAAGCCCAUCGUUUAUAUGGUCAUUUGAGAUUUAAAAAGAACACAAUUAAUAUGGUCAUUACUCAUCAAUAUGGCCAUUCGAGUAUGAAAAGAUUUGAAAACUGUAGUUUGAAAAGAUCAUGUGCAUCUCAAACAGCUAGCUUUAGUGCAAUGAACCAGUUAAAUACUUUGUGGGAACUUCAUCUUAGGAAUUUUUUAUACUUUAUAAAGUGUGUUUAAUACUUUAGUUGCUUUCAUUAGUUAACUAACAGAAAUUUGAGAGUGGAGAACAAUCAUGUGGGUGAAACAUGAUAGGUUUUCCCGUUUCAGCUCUGGAUUAGCAUGUAUUGAACUUUAUACUAGUAUAUCCAAACGUAAUUUCAUGCUUACCACACAACAGGAGAUGUCUUCAUCAUCUUGCAUUGACUCUGAAUCGCUGGAGUCCAGGAAAAGAUGAAUGCUUUGAUCAUCUGCUGUUUCGUCUGAAAAACAACAACAAUAUAUCGUUAUGCAUUAAAACGUGAUAUUCCUAUUUAAUUAUAAAUUACUAUUACUAUAACAACAACAGUGAAAAUCAACCACAUUUAACUAGGGGUCUCCAACCUUUUUGUUAGCAAGGGCUACCACAAUGGAUAAAACUUGCUGGAUGGCUACUUUUUGAUAUAGUAUAUUCAAAACUUUUUUGUUUAACUUGUUGAUUUUAUUUUACUUGUUGAUAUGUUUUAGUAUUGUUUAAAAUAUUGUAACAUACGUAAACCAAGCAAAGCUAAUAUAAAAAAUAUGUAAUUAAGCUCACCGUUGUCUGAACUGAUAUUCGCUGGGUGCGUUUCUUCAAAUUCUUCAAUCACUUCUUUUUCUGGGUCCUCGGAGUGCAUUUCACUUUUACCAAUCUCUCUAACUCCAGUAAAGUUAUCUUCCGGGUCUUUACACAUUGACGGGUCAUCACUCACAGCGGGUUCAUGACUGGACAGCAGCUGGCUCUGUACGUUAUCUGACGUAGCCCUUUUGGAUUUUUUCUCCCAAACUCCAUUUUUGAAAAAGCGCUUUCUGUGGUCAAAAUACUGUGUAUGACACAGUUCAGUGUUGCAAUGUUCACAGAAGCGGCGAGGUCGUUUCUUCAGUCUUGGGACUUCCAUCUUUCAACUGACAGCACACUGUGUUGAUAUCACAACAGAGAGUCAAGCCACCGCGCUUGUUUAUAUCAUAUACGCAUGCGCGCACGUCUCGCGAGAUCUUCCUUAUAACAAUAACCUCGCAUGUGAUUGGAGGAGCCAGACGAGAUUGUCGCCUUCGUCCAAUCACGUGCAAGGUCACGGCCUAUGACUCGUCAUACAGCGGUACAAGAUGAGCAUAUAACAGACACAGUUUGGUGUUUGUUCUCAAACUUUUUUUUACAUUUCCUGUGUUUUUGCUACUUUGCGCUUUCGUGAGAUCUACAAUGGCAGGACGGCGUCUAGCCUUCAGCUCUCCUUCAACUCCGCUGCAUGGACGCGACCAACCCCUUUCAUCCAGUCCGCUGACCGAUGAGAAGAAACUGCUGAAUGCUUUGAGUGGACUGUCUCGUCAGCUUACUCUGCUUACUUCCAAUGUGAAUGAGCAGUUUGCCAAUGUGAAUGGGCAGUUUGCCGCAGUAAACUCCAGGUUGCUGACCAUUGAGGAUAGGUUGGCUGCUUUGGAGUCGAAAAACUGUAACGGUACUAUGGAAGAAAAUAACUCCAAGAAGAGAAGACGGGUGCACAAUCCCAAGAUUGCGGAGGCUGUACGGCGUCUUCAUAACUCUGAGGCAAACUGCAGACGCUAUGAACCAGAGCAAGGACUAACGUUGCCUCACAACGAAGCCGUGACCUCCUAUUUGCUUGGGGCUAUUUCAGCAAGUCCCGAUUUAACUGCUGAGAGUGACGACAUUGUUUCUGCCUGUAAGACGUAUUAUGAGUCGGUACGCCGGAGCUUCAGAUACAAACAACCUGAACUCGCAUCGCGGGCGGAAAAUGCGAAAAGUUUAGCUCGGAGUCUAUCCAGAAGAAAAAGGUUGCUGGAAGCAAGACGAAGUGUGCUGGCUGAGGAUGAGAUGGAAAUUUGGAGGUGCGCCACCAUAGAUCUCAUGUCUGAUGAGGAAGACGGUAUUGUUGACGGGGUGUCUGGGUGGAUUGUGCGGCCACCACCCUCUCGCAGCCUUGAACUCUCCGAGCUCUGUGCAAUGCUGCAAUCCAGAUUAGAGGCGACACCAAAAUACAGGGAAACUCACCAUAUACGCCUGCAAAAUUGACACUUUUCCCCAACAUUUUAGAGUUGUUGUUUUUCUCGGGCAACUCGCCAUAUGCGCCUGCAAAAGUGACUCUUUUUUUCAACGUUUUUGAGGAUUUUUUUUUCCAACACUUGAUCACUUUAAAAAAGUUUUUUAGGGAUCUUUCCCGAAUGUCUCGCACUUUUUGACGUGUUUGGAGAACAUGAGAGACAUUAUGCUGCUUUGUACAUAGUUGUGUGUUUACAAUUAAAGCUCUUUCUUUGACUUAAUAGAUGUGCGUUUAUAAUUAAAGCUCUUUCUUUGACUUAAUAGAUGUGUGUUUAUAAAUAAAGCUCUUUCUUUGAAUAAACAGCUGUGUGUUUAUAAAUAAACCUCUUUGUUUUCUCUUAUAUUCCUUGAUGGUGUGAAUAGUGUAGUACAUAGCACAAUGACAUUAAUAUAUAAUAAAUUAUUAUAACAUAAAUUAUAUAUUUAUUAU